GCUUGACAGAGGUGACAUUGAAGGCUGUGUAAAUCUUUUCUUUUAAUGUGGCGUGUAAAAAUGGACAUCCUGUUCCAAAACAAGAAGAGACACAAGGCUUUGCUGGAAAAGCAGCACUAGUAAUUCUUCAAACAGCUCUAUUUUUCAGACAGGAUUCCUUUUAGGAUCCCAAAUCACACUAUAGAUCUCAAUCUUAGAAGUCUACAACCUACCAUUAACCUCCAUGUCAGUGGCUCCAGUACAAGUUACAACAUCUCCCAAAGAGGAAAUCGCUGCCAGUGGGGACUCCCCAGAGUUGGAAUGCCCCGUGUGCUACCAGGAAUAUGAUCAGGAUCGAAAACUCCCACGUAUGCUGGAAUGCCUACAUGUUUUCUGCACAGAAUGCCUUCAUAAUAUUCAGCUGUCUCCUCUCCACCCACCCGAUCCCAAUAGCCCUGCAUCCAUCUCCUGUCCCUUGUGCCGCCACGCCACCCCACUAGAAAGUGGUGAUACACACUCCCUCCCAUGCAACUCCCGUAUCCUUGCACAGCUACCUCCUGUAACUUUUCGCCUGCCUGUGUCAGUUUCCACCCGAAUGGGUACUGUCACUCAAAGGGUGAUCCUGUCUCUGGAGUCACGGGAUGCCCGGUUUAUUAUUUUACCUACAGUGAGCUUACGGGUGGAGCAGAUGGCCGAGGGCUCAGGCACCCCCGAGUCCUUAGCAGGUCCAGUGGAGGGGUUUAGGAGGAGAAAGAAUCUGAUGUGUGUCCAGAUGUUGGUUGUAAUAUUUUGGAUGCUUUUUGUCUUGGCCUGUGUGAUGGGAGUGCUGUUUGGCCCUAAUUUGUUCCACAACUAAAAGACAAAAAAAAGUAUAAAUUAAUUAAUUUACUAUAUAUAAUUUAAUGCAAAAUGAUAAACCCAUAAAACCUCAAAAUCUACUCUAUACCAUGGUAUUUUGUGUGUGUGUGUGUGUGUGUGUGUGUGUGUGUGUGUGUGUGUGUGUGUGCGUGUGUGUGUGUGUCUGUGUGUGUGUUUUAAUAAAUGUUACAUAUUUUAAUUUAGAUCAUUUAUCAACUUUAUUUAGCUCAUUUAACUAAUUACUACCUUCAAGCUUUUACUCCAUUGUCAAAAUGAAACCAUAUCCAUAUAUUAUGACAUGUCAAUAUAUGUAUUUCUUCACAAACUGCUGGAAUUCACACAUUUAUUUCACAUAUUUAAAUAAAUUACAGUCUGUUUUUUAUGUAUGCAUUAAAAAAACGAAUUGUCAUUUUGCCAUGGAAAUACCAUACUAACUACGGUAGUAAUGCGCAGGAGUUAAAUAAGCGCUAAAUUCUGCCCUCUAGUGGAUAUUUUAUAAAUAGCCAUUUGGGACUCUUCAAAGCUCUUCAUGUUUUUUGAUGAAUGAUGGUGAAAUUGUUGUAGUAUAUUACUUUAAAUUUUUCUGGUGCUACACUUAACCCUUGUUUUUUCAGAUUUCACUGAAUGAUUGUAGUUCUCAACUAGGGUGUAACAGCUGUAGCAUAUUUAGUAUAGCCAAGAUUUCAUCUCAGUUUAAUUUGUUAAGGGCUGGAUAAUGAACCAUUUCAUUUCCAUGUUUUGGCUCUACCAGGACUGUUUGUUUCUAAAAGAAUGUAAUAGAACCAAUGUGACCAACCAGUUUUCUACAAUCAAAACAUUUCUCAGCAAAUAAUGGGUAUGGUAUCUUAAUUAUAGGUGUAGUCUGUUGUUAUCAUAUACGCAUUAAAUAUGCAUAAUAGAAUUUUGUAGUUGUCAAUUCAGUCCAAAACUCUAAAUCUUGAUCAAUUAGAUUAAUUGCACUGUCCUUAUAUCUGUGCGCUAAGGCAAUAAAUUGCCUGGGAUGGGCAAAAGAGAAUUCUGGGAUGGCACUUAUUAUUAUGGCAAUUAUGAACAGGACAAUGUUUUAUUAGCAGAAUAUGUGAUUUAACCCUUGGUGUGAAAUAACCUUGUACAUACUGUAUUUUCUUUAUGUUCCUAAUAAGUGAUUUGGUUAAAACAGCUGGAAUAUAACAAUAAAGCAUGAAUUAUGCAGGAA